AUCGCGCUGGACACAAAACGCGUCACCCACCGUGAUUUAAAGCCGAAGAACCUGCUCCUUGAUGAGAACGAAGACCUGAAAGUGUCAGACUUCGGCUUGUCUGCGCUACCUGACCAACGCAGAUCUGACGGGAUGCUCGUGACGCCGUGCGGCACGCCGGCCUAUGUGGCACCGGAGGUUCUGAAAAAGAAGGGCAAUGAUGGGUCGAAGGCUGAUAUAUGGUCGUGUGGGGUGAUCCUCUUCGCGCUUCUUUCUGGGUAUUUGCCCUUUCAGUGUGAGAAUGUGAUGAGGAUUUACAGUAAGUCUUUCAAAGCUGAUUAUGCAUUCCCGGAAUGGAUUUCACCCGAGGCGAGACGCUUGAUCUCUAAUUUGAUGGUUGUAGACCCAGAGAAGAGGUAUUACAUUCCUGACAUCAUGAAGGAUCCUUGGUUCCAAGUUGGGUUCGUGCGCCCCAUUGCGUUUUCCAUGAAGGAGACAGUUGUGGAGGAUAACAUCGACUUCAACGGGGACAAUGUCGGUGGCAGUGGAAACGUCAGCAACAAUGAAGAUGGUAACAUCAGCAACAACCAUUCUGGAGAACUGGUCGGGUCCAAGCCGGCUCGUCCGUCUUACAAUGCUUUCGAGAUAAUAUCCUCGUUGUCACACGGGUUUGAUCUGAGUAAUUUGUUCGAGACGAGGAAGCGGUUGCCAUCGAUGUUCAUAUCGAAGCACUCAGCGUCGUCGGUGAUGGCGAAGUUGGAGGCGGUUGCGAAGAACCUAAACUUUAGGGUGACAGGGAAGAAGCAGUUCACGGUAAGAAUGCAGGGAGCGACGGAAGGGAGGAAGGGGAAGCUGGGGAUGACAAUGGAGGUGUUCGAGGUGCGCGACGGUGGUGGAGUUUUCGAAACCAAUUUUUAAAAUGUUUUUUUUAUC